AUGUUGUCCGCUGACGACUCCAACCCACUCGCCAAAUACAAGGAAUUGACACCCAUACAACAACACCACAACCACAACGGUCACCACCAUUCGCCUCAGGACAAUGCACCGACUUCUGGUGUUCUGAAGCAUGGUUUCAUCUCUCUUAAAGAAGAAGGCCUCAAGGCCUUUAUCUGGUCCAAGCGAUACAUGGCCUUGCGUGAGUUCAAGCUGAGCUUUCAUCGUAACGAGUCAACUCCCCAUGCAGUUGUCAUUGUUCCCCUGGAGGACAUCUCUGCAGUGUCCCGAACGGACUUGAAAACCUAUUGCUUCGAGCUCAUCACCAAAGACCGCAGCUUCUUUAUCUCCUGCAAGAACGAAGAGGAGCUCUAUUCGUGGAUGCAUGAGAUUUACUCACGAUCACCCCUGCUCGGUGUCUCGAGCCCAACCGAUUUCGUCCACAAGGUCCAUGUCGGAUUCGAUCCCCACACCGGUGAUUUCACUGGAUUGCCCGAGACGUGGACCAAACUGCUGACAGGAUCGGCUAUCACCAAAGAGGACUAUGCCAACGACCCUCAAGCUGUUCUCGAGGUUCUAGGGUUCUACACAGAUGAGACCAAGCGUAAUGAGCAGGAGUUCGAGGGAGCCAUUCCUGCCGAUGCUGAGGGUGACCGUAGAUACCUCCAUCUGAUCCCCAAGACAGGACCUCCUUCUCCUCCAUCCUCUUCCUCGUCAUCCUCUGCCAAUCAUCGCCCCGAACGUCCGCAGCGUCCUGACCGGCCAGAGGAUAAUUUGAGACCUCAUAUCCCAGAGCGCUCACAGAGCAUUGACAACCUCCACGAGAACAAGACAACUGUUCAGCGCCCAGCUUACACACCCCCUUCGCCAACUCCCUCGCCAGUGACUUCGCCAUCUGAGCCUCGUCAUCCGCUCCCAGGUCUUGGAGCUCAUCAUCAUCACGAUAAUUAUGACGAUGGCGAGAGACCUAUUCACGAGUACAACGGAGGGGUUGCGGAUGCGGCGGCGGCGUUGAAUGGACAUGGAGCUGCCAAGGUUGCAGUCGAGCGUCGUAUCUCGACCAUGACUGAGGCCCAAGUGAUGGAGAAGCUGAGGAGCGUCGUCUCUUGUGGAGAUCCCAACACCUUGUACAGCAAAAUCAAGAAAGUCGGUCAAGGUGCUUCAGGAUCGGUGUAUGUGGCUAAGCAUCUUUCGACAAACUCCAAGGUGGCGGUCAAGCAGAUGGAUCUUGCUCUUCAGCCCAAGAAGGAACUUGUCGUGAACGAGAUUUUGAUCAUGAAGGAAUCCAGCCAUCCCAACAUUGUCAACUAUCUGGAUUCGUUCUUGGUCAGAGGACACGAGUUGUGGGUCGUCAUGGAGUACAUGGGAGGCGGAGCUCUGACAGAUGUCAUUGAGAACAACAAGUUUACAGAGAGUCAGAUCGCCGCCGUCUGUAACGAGACAUGCAAGGGACUGCAACAUCUUCACAGUCAAAACAUCAUCCAUCGCGAUAUCAAAUCGGAUAACGUUCUCGUGGACGCGUACGGUCAUGUCAAGAUUACCGAUUUCGGAUUCUGUGCCAAGUUGACGGACCAAAAGAACAAGCGUGCAACACUGGUCGGAACAUCAUACUGGAUGGCACCAGAGGUCGUCAAGCAGAAGCAAUAUGGCGCCAAGGUCGAUGUCUGGUCGCUGGGUAUCAUGGCGAUUGAGAUGAUUGAACAGGAACCACCAUACAUGGACGAGGAGCCCCUGAAGGCGCUGUAUCUGAUUGCCACCAACGGAACACCUACGCUGAAGAGCCCCGAAACACUCAGCUCUGAGCUCAAGAACUUCUUGGCGGUCUGUCUGUGUGUUGAUGUGCGAAGCCGCGCCGCUUCCAAAUCGCUGCUCGAGCACGACUUUCUCCGGAAGGCUGGACCUCCAUCGUCGUUGCAGCAGCUCUUCAGCGGAUCACAUUAA